CGCUUCAGUGUUUGACAUUGUGACCGUGGAGGGUGAAGGAUGCUUGGUUGCAUGCAGGAUGGGAGGAGGUGAGCGGGGGGCGCAGAGUGGAUAACAGAUGGUAUUUCGGGAAAUCACAGGGAUGACAGAGCUGUUACUGGGUUUCGUCACAGUUUUACGCUGGUUUACAAUAAUCUAGAACAGUAUACUACACAUUAAGUAUAAAAAAUAUUCGUUAAGAUACCUGGUCAAGGACACAAGAAAAAGGAAGUCUGACGUAGAUGCUGAGCCAGAGGAGAGCCCAGGGAGCAGCAGCAGUAGCAGCAGCAGCAGCAGGAGUGGGGCUGUAGAUGCCCUCUCCACCGGUCCAGCCCCCCCUCAGGCAUCUGUGGGAGAGCCGGGUCAAAGUGGAGACAGUUCCUGCUCUGACUCUGACAGUCCUGUAGAUUCCAGCUCCUGCAAGGAGGAAGAGGGGGAGGACGAGGAAGACCCAACAAUGUUCUCCUCCAAAUUCCUUAGUGGGGCAAACCCCCUCAAUGCCGUGUCCUCUGCUGUAAAUAAGUUUGGUUUGUUUGGAGAUGAUGGUGAGGGGGAUAAAAAAUCACCUCCCCAGCAGGGGCAAAAGCAAUCUGGAGAACAGAAGCCAACAGCAGGCUCUGGAAAAGACCAUCAACAGCAACCGCAUAAACCAGGCCAAUCUCCCCCUAUGCAAAAGACCCAACAACCUCCCAUGCAAGGUUCACCACAGCUACAUGGAAAUGGACAAACUGGCCCCUCAAACAAACCUGCUGGGCAACAAACAACUUCAAAGACAGGGGCUCAACCUGAAGUCCAGCCUAAAGGAGAACCCCCCAAAAACCAACCUAUACAGCAAAGUUCUCCUAAACCUGGAGCUCAACAACAGACAAGGAUGCAGCAACAAAACCCCACUAAGACUGGUGCACAAAGGUCAACAAAGGUUGGGUCUGAGGUUGGAAAACAACAGCAGGCAUCACCAAAAAUUGGGCAGCAACAGCAUGACUCGUCUAAGGCAGGACCAGAGCAGAAAGGCAUCAGGGCCACAUUCCAACAGCAGUCUUCUGAUAAGCAAGGGAGUAAGGGACCUGGUCCAACUGGCAUGACACAAGCAGGGUCUUCAUCACCUGGAACAGCCAAAGCAAGAUCUCAGUCAACAGCAGUAGCAAAGCUUUGCCCAGUGUGUAAAACAACACAACUUACAAAAGAACCAGCUAACCAUAAAACCUGUACACAGUGUAAAAUGGAUGUGUGCAGCUUGUGUGGCUUCAGCCCUCCAGACUCUAAUGCACACGAGUGGCUUUGUCUUACUUGCCAAAUACAGAGAGCUCAAGGAUCUUCUGAACUGCCAGGACCUCCCAUGAAAAACCCCACACCUAACAAAAUGUCUGGUCCCCAAAAACAGACACCAUCAGCUGCUGAGCCUGUCAAAAAGGAAAUAUCAGCACCAGGUUCACCGCAGAAAAUCCAGUCUAAAUCAACAAAAGUGCCAGAAAAGGCAGAAGCUGCUAAAGGACCGGAGGCUCAAAAAAAAGGCAGUCCAGCACCUGUUCAGAAAAUGACACCUGAGGCCCAGAGAGCAUCAGGAUCUCCUAAGCCACACCAAACUAAUCAGACUGAACGCAAGCAAAGCAGUGCCACCUCAGCACCCCAGCAGCAGUCAGGAGGUUUAUUUGGCUUUGGAGGUACUAAAACUGAAACUGCAAAGACAGAAGAUUCAGUGACUGGAAAGAUGUUUGGCUUUGGUUCGUCUAUUUUUAGUUCUGCAUCUAAUUUGAUAGCUUCUGCUGUUCAAGAUGAGGCUAAAACAACUCCACCGGUUUCUCCUAAAAUGCAAUCUUCCAAGGAGACCAAACCGCCUUCUAUCCAAAAGUCAGAACAAGACAAGAAACAAGAACAACCUCAACAAGCAAAGGUUCAUCCAGCUGGACAGGCAAAAGCAGAAAAAUCCCUGCCAGUCACUCCAAAGACAGCAGCAACUUCCCACACUGCUCCGACUACAAGCCAAUCCACUUGUCCUCUCUGUAAAAUAGUGCUUAACAUGGGCUCGAAGGAUCCUCCCAACUACAACACAUGCACUGAAUGCAAAACCGUUGUCUGCAAUCAAUGCGGUUUUAACCCCAUGCCAAACGUUAAUGAGGGGAAGGAGUGGCUAUGUCUAAACUGCCAGGUGAAACGGGCUGCUGGAGGAAUUGAACCUCAAAUUGAUACAUCUUUGGGAAAAUCUUUCAAAAAGACUACUCCCACACAGCCUACACCACAGAAGACUAAUGCACCAGGCUCUCCCCAGAGAAAAGUACCAACAUCAGCACCACAGCCAGCAAAGACUAAAGAACCAGAUAGUCAAAAGGCAGUCAGCCCAGCUCCUGGUCAGACAGCAUCUCAGGAGAACAAGAAGACACAACCGCAGCAGACGAAUCAAACUGUAGGAAAGCAGGAAAGCACCACUAAAGCUGCACAGCAAGAGUCCGGAGGCCUCUUUGGUUUUGGUGGUACUAAAACUCAGCCUGAUGCUACAAAGCCUGCAGAUUCAGUGACAGGGAAAAUGUUUGGUUUUGGUUCCUCCAUUUUCAACUCUGCAUCUACUUUGAUUACCACAGCUGUUCAAGAUGAACCUAAAAGUACACCACCUGUUUCUCCCAAGAUGUCUGCUGCAAAGGAUUCUAAACCCCCCACUUCGAAAUCUCCUCUUCCAGUCAAGAAGCUGGAAGAGGCCAAAAAAACAGAGGAACUACAGAAAGCCAAGGGCUCACCACCAGUACAGCCAAAAGCAGACAAGCCAUCAUCAGAGCAACCAAAGAAAGCAUCAGCUCCACCAGUUGUUUCCAAGGCAGGCCAGUCUACCUGCCCUCUCUGUAAACUGGAACUUAAUGUGGGCUCUAAAGAUCCUCCCAACUAUAAUACUUGUACUGAGUGCAAAAACACUGUCUGCAACCAGUGUGGAUUUAAUCCUAUGCCAAAUGUUAAGGAGGUGAAGGAGUGGCUAUGUCUCAACUGUCAGAUGCAGAGAGCACUGGGAGCAUCGGAACCUCCAGGAACUCCCAUGAUGAAAAUACAGGCUUCACCGAGUAAAGUCACUGCACAAGACAGUGCCCUAAAGAAGGAAACUCCCCCAGUGGAUAAACUUCAAAAGAAAGAGAAUGUGACAUCUGCUGAAUCUAAAUUAAAGGAGCCCUCUCCAUCAAGCUCACCUCAGCGGAAAGUGCAAAAGCCAGGAGAACAGCUGGCAAAGACUGAAGAUGUGAAAGGAUCUGAAAGUCAUAGGCAGGCCAGUCCAGCUUCUGGUCAGAAAAAUGCACAGCAAAGGUUGAAGACAGGUCCUCAGAAGCCAACAGAUCAGAUAAAUCAACCAGGAUCUAAAAGGGGUAGUACAGCAUCGACACAAGGGGAAUCUGGAUCGUUCUUUGGCUUUGGCAGUUCUACAACUCAACCUGAUUCUGCAAAGACCCCUGAAUCACUAGGUGGAAAAAUGUUUGGCUUUGGUAGCUCCAUCUUCAGUUCUGCAUCGACUUUAAUAAACUCAGCUGUCCAAGAUGAAUCCAAAAAGACACCACCAGUGUCUCCUAAGAUGUUUUCUGCACGUGACUCCAAGUCUCCCACUGUCAAGAAACCGGUACAGGAGAAAACAUCAGAGCAACCACAAAAAGACAAAGGUUCACCAUCAGUACAGACAAAAGCAGGCAAACCUCCUGAAGAGGCAUCCAAGACAGCACCUGCAUUGCCUGUCGUUUCUAAGACAGGCCAGUCAACUUGUCCUAUCUGUAAACUGGAACUCAAUAUGGGUUCUAAAGACCCUCCCAACUACAACACCUGUACUGAGUGCAAAAACACUGUCUGCAACCAAUGUGGAUUUGAUCCUAUGCCAAAUGUUAAGGAGGGGAAGGUGUGGUUAUGUCUCAACUGUCAGAUGAAAAAACCAGCAGAGCAACCAGAAAAGCCACCGCAGAGCCAAAAGACAGGACCUCAAAAACCACCUGAACAGAGAAAUCCAACUGAAAUCAAAAAGAGUAGUAUUACAUCCACUACACAAGAGGAGUCUGGAGCUUUCUUUGGAUUUGGCCGUUCCACACCUCCCUCAGAUUCUACAAAGCCUGGUGAAUCACGGGGUGGAAAAAUGUUUGGCUUUGGUACCUCCAUCUUCAGUUCGGCUUCGACUUUAAUAAACUCAGCUGUCCAAGAUGAAUCCAAAAAGACACCACCAGUUUCUCCUAAGCUUCCUGUCUCAAAGGCGAGUGAAUCACCAUUUGUUCAGAAGCAGGAGCAGGAGAAGAAGGCUGUGCAAGUUCAAGAAGCCAAGACCUCUCCCUUGAUACAAGCCAAAGUAGAGAAAGAGCCAGCUUCACCAGCUCUUCCAAAGGCAGGCCAAUCUACCUGUCCGCUCUGUAAGAUGAAACUCAACUUUGGCUCAAAGGAACCGCCAAACUACAGCAAAUGCACUGAAUGCAAGAACACUGUGUGUAACCAGUGUGGAUUCAAUCCAAUGCCAAAUGUGUCAGAGGUAAAGGAAUGGUUAUGUCUGAACUGUCAGAUGCAGAGAGCUCUUAGUGCAGCUGAACCCACAGGGCCUCCUGUGAAACACCUCCAUGGAGAUAAAAAAAUUUCUCCAUCUGCUGUACAUCAGAAAGCAAUAGUUACUGAUCAAGUGGAAACUAAAAAGGAAAUAAAAUCAGAUGCAGCUCCUAAGAUGGAGACUCCAGGGGCUUACAUACUUCAAAAGAAGGACACAGCCACACUAGGCUCUCCUCAGAAGACACGGUCCACAGCAGUAGCACCUUCAUCUAAGGAGGCUAAAGGACCCGAAAGUGAAGGACAUCCUAGCCCAACUCCUGGUGAGAAAAAGCCUCUUGAUAUUUCAGUUCCAUCAGGCCCUGAGAAACCAACUGACCAGGGAAGUCAACCGGGAUUAAAACAGAGUAAGGUCACCACAGUCACACAAGAGGAGUCUGGAAACCCACUAGGUUUGGGUGGUAAAAUCGUAACUGAUACUUCAAAAACAACAGAAUCCAUCAGUGGAAAGAUGUUUGGCUUUGGAUCUUCCAUUUUCAGCUCAGCAUCCACUUUGAUAUCAUCUGCAGCUCAAGAUGAAUCACGGACCACACCACCAAGCUCUCGAAAAAUGUCUGCGCCAGCACAAGUCUCACCGAAGAUGUCUGCUGCAACCAAGAGUUCUUCAAAAAGUACACCAACAGUUUCUCCCAAGAUGUCACCGGCAAGGGAGCCCAAAACUCUUCCUCAGAAGCCAGAACAAAAGAAGAAACCAGAAGAAUCCCACCAAAGCAAAGAUGAUAAAGCUCUACCACAAGUAGCAAAAGUGUCUCAUAUGGCUCCUAAUGCAGGCCAGACAACCUGUCCACUGUGUAAGGCUGAGCUUAACAUAGGCUCCAAGGACCCACCUAACUAUAACACCUGCACUGAGUGCAAGAACAUUGUCUGCAACCAAUGUGGAUUUAAUCCCAUGCCAGUAGGAGAGGUAAAAGAGUGGCUGUGUCUUAAUUGUCAGAUGAAAAGAGCAGUAGGAGCUUCUGAGCUUACUGGACCUCCAUCACUAAAGUCACAAAUGUCACCCAAUAAAGUUUCUUUACCUGCUACAGUCCAGUCGAAGGAAUCUUCCAAACUGACUACUCCUCAAACAAAGGACAGUCCAGACACAGCUGUACAACAGCAAACCUCAGAAGCAGUCUCCCCACAAAGAAAACAAUCAACAGCAUCUGUGAAACAGGCUAGCCCAGCACCUGAACGUAAAACAUCGGAAGAAAAAGCGAAAACAGCUCCUGAAAAAGUCCCAGAUCAGGCAACCCAACCUGGUCGUAAGCAAACUAAUGCCACAGCAGCAACACAGCAAGAGUCAGGAGGCUUCUUUGGCUUUGCUGGUCCUAAGCCUCAACCUGAAGCUGCAAAGUCUGCAGAGUCAAUGAGUGGAAAAAUGUUAGGCUUUAGUUCUUCAAUCUUCAGUUCUGCAUCUACUUUGAUAACCUCAGCAGUUCGGGACCAGCCAAAAACUACUCCACCAGUUUCACCUAAGAUGUCUCCUGCAAGGGAAACCAAAUCUUCCACUGUAAAGAAACCAGAACAGGAGACGAAAUCUGAUCAACCAGAGCAGAUAAAGGGUCCACCAUCAAUCCAGUCAAAAGCAGAAGAGAUGAAGCUCCCUGCUUCCCAGAAGCUGGAGCAGCAGAAGUUAACUGAGCCAUCCCUGCAGACCAAAACACCAGCAUCAAGACAGAUGCCAUUAGAAUCUCCAAAGGCAGCAGCUUCCCAAGCAGCUGUCAAACCAGAUCAGUCUACCUGCCCACUCUGUAAGGUCAAACUUAACACUGGUUCCAAGGAUCUGCCCAACUACAAUACCUGCACUGAAUGCAAAAACACUGUGUGCAACCAGUGUGGAUUUAACCCUAUGCCAGACGGAACUGGGGCAAAGGAGUGGUUAUGUCUUACCUGCCAGAUGCAGCGGGCUCUAGGAGUAACAGAGCCUCCAUCAGUAAUUUCAGUGAAUGCUCAGACACCUGCAAAACCCCAAAAGAAAGAUGUCACCAGCCCAGCUGAACCUGAAAAGAAGGUGUAUUCAGCACAGCAGUCACCUCAGAGGAAACUAUCCAUAACGGCACAGCCUGCUACAUCUGAGACUAAUGUCAAGCCAGAGGUUCACAAACAGGCCAGCCCGGUUUCUUCUCAGAAAAUACAACAGAAGCCCCAGAAAACAUCAGCUCCUAACAAAUCACCAGACCAAAUCAGGCAGCCUGAACGUAAGCUGAGUACUGCCACUCCACCACCACGAAAAGAAUCGGGAGGCUUCCUUGGAUUUGGCAGUGGUAAAUCUCAACCUGAUGCUGAAAAGCAGGCAGAGUCUGUGACGGGGAAAAUGUUAGGCUUUGGUUCUUCUAUUUUCAGUUCUGCAUCCACUUUGAUUACCUCAGCUGUUCAGGACCAGCCUAAGACUCCACCAGUUUCUCCCAAGUUAUCCCCUGCAAAAGAGAUCAAAUCCCCUGCUACCCAGGAGAAAACCAAGGCUGAACAACCCCAGCUGAUCCAGACACCACCAUUAGUCUCAGCCAAAGUUGACAAGGCUCCAUCAGAACCUCCAAAAACAGGUGAAGCCUCCCAAACCACCGUCAAACAAGGCCCGUCCACCUGUCCACUUUGUAAGGCUGGGCUCAACAUAGGGUCUAAGGAUCUGCCUAACUACAAUGUCUGUACUGAAUGCAAGAAAACUGUCUGUAACCAGUGUGGAUUUAACCCAACACCAAAUGAAACGGAGAUUAAGGAGUGGUUGUGUCUGACUUGCCAGAUGCAACGAGCCCUCACAGCAGCUGAAUCAGUACAGCCUCCACCGAUGAAACCUCAGGCAUCACCCAGCAAAGCAUCCGCACCUGCCGCUGAGCAAAAAGAUGUCUCUGAGACUAAAACGAAAGAUAUUAUUCCCACACAGAAAACAGACGUAUUAGAGAAAAAGCAGAAAGAAAGUCCAAAACCAGAGGCACCAGCAGAGAAAAUGGAUAUCGUACAUCGAACUCCAGAUAUGGUUCCACCUGCAAAAGACACCACAGCUACUGUUUCAGCUGAAGCAAAAGAGGAGAAAGUUAGUUCACUGUCUGCCAAGGAUGUUCAAGCCAUCACUGCACCUCCAAGCGAAGAAAGACAACUGCCUUCCCAAGGUGCACCUGUUACCACUAAUGCUGAAACUUCAGCUAUGAAGAAAAGUGAUCUCACACCAAGUUUUCCUCUACCUAAAGAAGAUUCAGAAAAGGAAAAGGAUAAAGUUGAAACACUUCAGAAAACAGCUGAACAGCUGAUUAUAUCCUCUGAUCAAAUACAGGAAAAACAACCCCUAAGCAAAGAAUCACACCAAGUUGUUGCUCAGAAACCACAACUGGAAAAGAAGCAACCUCAGCCAGUCAAGGCUCCUCUAUCAGAGCAGACAACAGUGGAUAAAACACCAAUAGAGUCUGAAAAACCAGAAGCUGCUCCCAAAGGGGCUGACUCUACUUGUCCACUCUGUAAAGCAGAACUCAACAUGGACUCCAAAAAUGUUCCAAACUACAACACCUGCACUGACUGCAAGACCACUGUGUGCAACAAGUGUGGAUUUAGUCCUAUGCCAAAUGUAACAGAGGUAAAGGAAUGGCUAUGUCUCAACUGCCAGAUGCAGAGAGCACUUGGAGCCUCUGAACCUCCAGGCCUACCAAUGAUAAAACCACAACCUUCACCAAGCAAAGAGGUCCCUGCCAGCACACAGAAGACAGACAUCUUGACAGCUUCUAAGAAAGAUGUUUCUAAGCCAGAUGUACCCAAAGGUGACCUUGUUAGCAUUCCUGCAGCCAAAGAAACUGUCUCCCCUGUCAAUAUUGACCUAACUAAGGAGGUUGCUCCAAAAGUUGCUUCAUUGCCUGACAAAAUGAUUUCAUCCACUAUCAUAAAGACGGAUGUUUCGCAAAAGCCUUCUGCAGAGACUCCCAAGGGACAGCCAGACACACCCCAGCAACAAACUCCAAAAAUUCAGCCUGCCGCUCCCCCUGAUUCAAAGACAGAAAAGGCACCCCCUCAACAGGCUCCAAAAGCUGCAUCUUCUUUAGCUAAGUCUGCUCUUCCAUCAGACCAAGAAGCAAGAAAGGCACCCCUUCAACAGCCUCCAAAAGCUGCGACCCCUCCAGCUAAAUCUGCUCCAUCACCUGUUCAGCCUGCAAAACAGGAAUCAGGAGGCUUUUUUGGUUUUGGCAGUCCUAAAACACAGCCUGCUGCUGCAAAAUCUGCUGAGUCAGUGACAGGAAAGAUGUUUGGCUUUGGGUCAUCGUUCUUAAGCUCUGCAUCCAAUUUAAUAACAUCAGCUGUUCAAGAUGAGCCUAAAACUACACCACCAACGCCACGUAAAAUGUCCACCACAGCCAGUGUCACUCCUAAAACUACACCACCAACGCCACGUAAAAUGUCCACCACAGCCAGUGUCACUCCUAAAACUACACCACCAACGCCACGUAAAAUGUCCACUACAGCCAGUGUCACUCCUAAAACUACACCACCAGCCUCUCCUAAAACAUUACCUGCAAAGGACACCAAACCACCGCCUGUCCAGAAAACAGAGGAGAAGAAACCAGAGAAACCACAGCAGGAUAAGACUCCUUCAACAGUUCAAGCCAAAGUGGACAAAGUUCCAUCAGAGCCCCCUAAGGUGCCAGUAGACACCCAAGGUGCUUCAAAAGCAGAUCAGUCUGUCUGCCCACUCUGUAAGGUGAAACUUACAGUGGGCCCCACAGAUCCUCUUAACUACAACACUUGCACAGAAUGCAAGACAACUGUCUGCAAUCAGUGUGGCUUUAAUCCAGUACCAGAUGAUUUAAAGGUAAAGGAAUGGCUUUGUUUAAACUGCCAGAUGCAGAGAGCCCUUGGAGUAUCUGAAGCCAUUGAACCUACUGUGGUGAAACCCCAGCCCAUGCCAAGCAAGGUUUCUACACCUCCUCGUUCUGAACAGAAGGACACACCGACAUUAGUCCAGAAGGAGAAAGCUGCAGAGUAUGCAGAUGUCCAAAAAGAGGCUACUCAAAUAGUUCAACCCAGAAAAGAAAUUCUCAAAGGUGAGGCUCCAGUGCCAACUGCAGUCCAAAGGAUGGACAAAGCACAGCAAGAUUCUAAGGAAAAGGCACAAGGACAUGCUCAGAAUGUGGCCAGCCAGCCAAAGCUUGUGGAAAACCCCCCACAAGGACAGAUUUCACAACCUACAAAGCCAGAAGUAAAGUCAGGUUUCGCAAAACAAGAAGCUGGCAAACUACCACAACAGCCAUCAAAGCCAUUGACCCAAUCUCCCAAGCCUGCCCCACCACCAGCUCAACCAGCGAAACAGGAGUCUGGUGGUUUCUUUGGCUUUGGUGCCCCUAAACCUACUGUUCCAAAGCCUGCUGAGUCAGUGACUGGGAAGAUGUUUGGUUUUGGUUCAUCAAUUUUAAGUUCUGCAUCUACAUUGAUAACCUCGGCAGUUCAGGAUGAACCUAAAGUUACACCACCUACUCCACGGAAGAUGUCCACUACAACAAGUGUCAGCCCUAAACCUACACCUCCGGUUUCUCCUAAGAUGCCCCCAGUAAAGGAUAGUAAACCACCGGCAACACAGACACCUGAUCCACUUCAACAGGCCAAGGCUACACCAUUAGCACAGGACAAAGUGCUUCAGGUUGCUCCUAAAGAAGGUCUGUCUACCUGUCUGCUCUGUAAGGUCAAACUCAAUGUGGGAACGAAGGAGCCACCCAAUUACAACACCUGUACUGAAUGCAAGAACAUUGUCUGCAAUCUUUGUGGAUUUAACCCCAUGCCUCAUACAGCAGUGAAGGAAUGGCUGUGUUUAAACUGCCAAACUCAGAGGGCUUUGUCGGGACAGCUGGGAGACUCAGGAAAAAUGCCUCAACCUUCACCUCCACCUGCCAAGUCAGAGACCCAGGCCACACCAGUAACCACAAAGGCAGAGCCCAAAACCACCUCAACGAAGUCAGAGACCAGGCCUGGACCCACAAAAUCACAACCCACCCCCGUGCCUGUUGAGACAGCACCAACAGUUUCAACCAUAAAAGCAAAUGUAGAAUCAACAUCUCUCAAAAUGGAAACAAUGCUUACAGCAGCGUCUACACAUAUUGAGCUUGAAACGACACCUUUACCCACCAAAGAAGAGGUUUUAAAGCAACCUUUGACAGAGGUAACACCAACGAUUGACGUUCUAGAUACAGAUGUUACCAAGAAAGAAGAGGUACCAAAAACAGAUUUCAGCACGACAAAAUUACGCAAAACUGAAGAGUCUAAAACGGAUCUUCAUAAAGUUGAAUUUGAAGCAGGAGUAGCUGAACCUUCUUCAGUUCCAGUUCCUGACGCUUCAGUUGUCUCUGCGUCCCCUGUCACUCCAGAGGUUGCAGUAGCUCAAGUUAUUCCAGAGGCUCAGACAAAACAAGACCUGUCUGUUGCAGAGAGGAUUAUUAAGGUGGUAGACACUGAUGAUCGCACCAUCCUGACAGACUCAUCAAAAUCUUUGCAGCAAAUUAUGGUGCAACCAGAGUCAAAAGAACAGCAGCAGGUGGUUAUGGAAGGAGAUGCAGUCACAGUUACUGACAGCAAAGAAUUUGCUGAUGACUCUGCUGACAAAAUUACCAACAUCCUCUCAACCAUUGAGUCGCAACCAGUCUCUCCAAAAAGAAAAGAUGAAGAUGAAGACAAAGAGUUCAGUAAGAAACGAAAAGACUCUCUUUCCACUGCGGAGGUGCCUACAGAUGUCCCUGUAACAGCUACUAAGCCCAAAUCCAAACCAGAGGGUCAUGAUGAAGAGCAACCUCAGAUUUUACCCAUAUUACAUGAAUUGAAUGAUGAAAUAGUGAGUGGUGCAAGCAAAGAUGGUACAGAUUCUUCUAUACCAGCAAAGGAGGAGAUAAAUGCUAAAAGAAGGCGUCUAAGUUUCCAAGCAAUGGAUGAAAGCAGUGAAAGUGAACUCACACCCUCACCAUCACCUAAAGUCCAGAGAAGGAGACUAAAGGUGAGCAAUAUUUCAUCCAGCAGUGAGGACAUCAAAACUGAGAGUGCUGACUCCUCUGUGGAAGACGAAGAGUUCAUCCGCAAGCAGAUAAUGGGUAUGGGUGAUGAAGAAGAAAUGUCUGUAUCAGAAGAUGAGAAAGAAAAGAAUUUGGAGAAUGUACAAGCUAUAAAGGAUACUGACCUUGAUAAUACAUUGGUGACAGUCAAACCACUUUCUAGAAAAGGUAGCACAGAUAAUGAAGACAGCCCAGCCAGGAACAAAGCAGUCCCAAAAACUGACAGCAUGACUGCUCAAAGCGUGCCUGAAACAUUACCCAGAACUACUUUCAAGAAAGCAAUUCCAGUCAUGAGACAAAGACAAAGCACAGAUGAAGAAAUAGAAAGCAUCACAGAAUCUGUGUCAAAGGGUUCAUCUAGUGUUCAAGCAUCCAGUUUUACUCCAGAAUCUUCACCUACAUCAGCCUCCUCCCUGGAAGAGGAUAGUGAUAGCAGCCCUAGUCGCAGGAAACCCAGUGGGGACAAACAGUAUCGCAAAGGUAAGCACAGGCAACCAACUCAGCCUCUUCCUACCAUCGAAGACUCCUCUGAGGAAGAGAAGAUGGGACCCCAUGGACAACUACUGUCCCCACACAAAGAUUCUUCCUCCACAGAGGAUCUGAAAGAAGUCACAGUUAUAAAGGAAACUCAUAGAACAUCAGGCUCUGAGUAUUCUGCCAGUAUAGAAUCAGAAUCAGAAGCCACUCAAGCUGUACAGAGAGGACGUAAACCUUCACCAACAGUCAUACCAUACACCCUUUCUGAUCCAUUUAUAGAAAAGGACAGUGUGACAAAAUCAUUAAAGAGUGCAGAAGAAGCAUACGAGGAAAUUAUUCAGAAGACUAAAGCUAUUCCAGGAGACAGUCCACCUGAUAUUGAGCCACUCUAUGGGGGGAUGGCAAUAGAGGACUAUCUUUAUGAAUCCUUAGUUGAGGAACCUGAAAUUAAAAUGAGUGAAUCUUGGGAAGAACCCAAAAAUGAUACUAGCUCUGAUUCUCUCAAAAAACUCAGGUCUCCUGAGGAGGUUUAUGAGGAGAUGAUGCAAAAGAAGAGAGAGUUGAUGAUGAUAGAGCAUGAAUUUCAGCAGGCACAAAAUGCCAUGGAAUCUUCUGCCUCAAGCGCUUCACAGGUCACUUGCCCUCCCUCAUUUGCUGAAACUUGUGUAGUGACUAUAGAAGAGACAUACCCAACUGAAAAACUUGAAAUGCCUCUUACAGAAACUGAAACUUUAAGUGACAUGUCAGUAAAGAAAAAGAAGCGACCAGCCCCUCCACGCCCUUCUGAGCCCCCAAAGCGUCCUGACAUAACUGUUAUCCCUAGUACUCCUAGUGGGGCUAUAAGUUUUGUUAGGCCUAUGAUUCAACAAGAUCCUGCAUUAAGGAAAGCAUUGUUCCCUAUACCAGACCUCAAGAUUACUCAGUGUUCAUCUGGGGAAGAAGAGGAUGACAGUCUUGCAGAUGACUAUGGUAUUGGUAUUUCCUCUGACAUUACCCCCAGUGAUGACUCUGAGACCAAAGAAGAACCAUGCAUAAGCCCAUCUUUGUCUGAAACUGUUGAGAUGGAUCCUAUAUGUGUAGUCUGUGAAAUUCCAGAGCCAAAACCUAUUCCAACUCCAAUAUCAGCUCCAGAACUAACUACAACACCUUCUCCUGUAUCACCAGUGUCACCUCCAACCUCACCAGCUAGUGCAGAUUCCAGUUUGGCCUCUAAUGCUACAUCUUCAUCUCCAUUCCAGGCUCAAACACCUCUUUCAUCAGAUUCAACUCCACUGUCUACACCAACACCUUCUGCUUCAUUUAAAACACAAUCACCUCCAGAGAUCUCCUCACCACUGCCUGCCAUAGAUGCAGGAGUACAAUCUAAUGAAAACUCAGUCUCUUCUUCUCCAGUUACAGUUAUAGUUACAAUACCAGAUGUUGUGUCUGAUCCAUCCAAAGCGCAAACAGCUACAGCCAUUCAAGUUCAGACUUCUACAGUAGAAGCCAUAACUGCAUCACCUGUUGUGGUACAAAUGCCAGACUUGGUUUCAUCUCCAUCUCAGGUUCCUGACAACAUUCCAGCUAUUUCACAGGUCUCAGCACCAAGUCCAGCACCUUCUGUUGUCUCCAUUCAUUCUACAACCCUAGUAGCAGCCCGACCUGUUGCAGUCUCGGCUCCAACAUCUGCCAUUCUUUCCACUUCUGUCACUCUAGUUUCAAGUCCUGAACCAGUCAUAGUGCAGAUGCCUGACCUGGUUUCAACCACAGCUCCCAUACCAACACAUCCCCCAUUACCAGUCUCAGCACUUGUUACUACCCCAGCUCAAGCUGAAACUAAAGUGGUACACUCAGUCCCUGUACAAUCAGCCAUCCCAUCAGUCAGUCCAGUGGUAGUCCCACCUCUGGCUCAAACUGCCCAGAUGCCUUCAGCAGCAACAGCUUCAACUACUAUAGUCAAAAAGAAGGUCCCGCCUCCUCCUCCCCCUCGAUCUACUUCGGUAUCAUUACCUGAAACUAAUAAAGAUGUUCCUUUUGUAAAACCUGUUGAGCAUGCCACUCGGACUACAUCACCUAUGGGAACCACAGCUGUUGGACAGCCAAUGCAAUCUGUUGUUGUGGAUAUCCAACCAAGAAUGGAAGCCAUGAAAUCAGAUGGUGGAGUUGUACCUCAGUUAGUAACACCAAAUAGACAGGGGCAUGUAGUUAUCAUUGUCCCCAGUGUAGAGAACAAAGCUUUGAUUGAACAAGCCAGAAACCAAGGUAUACCUAGCAAAGGGCCAAUAUUUUUCAUUGCUUCUGCUCCAUAUGGUAGCCAAGUAGCCCCACAUUCUGCUUCAGAUGUGUGCAGUACAGAUAUAUCUUCACUUCCUACUAAGGUGGCAACAGUGCAGGAAGUUGUAGCUCCACCCAUUUCACCUAAAGUUAUAGACACAGUAGAAGUACCCAUUACAGUUUCUAGUCCAACACCUCCAUCCACUUUACCCAAACCAACUGUUCCAAAGCAAUCAGUUCCCACUCCAGUGACAACUGCUAAAGCAAAUUUCACACCAGUUUUUUCUGCAGCUUCUAUUCCUAGUCAGACUACCAAGCCUCCUCCACCCAUACCACCUAAACCUGUAUCAAUUCCAGCUGGACUGGUUUUCAGUCAUAAACCAGGAGAGAGUGUCAAGCCACCUCCUGUAGCUCCCAAAGCGGCAACCCUCCCCAGGACAAAAGAACCUCCAAAGGCUCUAUCACUUAGUCUGACAAGACCUGUGGAGUCUAAGUUGGGUGCAACAUCUCCUAAAUCACCUGUAUCUCCAAGACAUGCGAAAUGUUUACAAACCUAUGUAGUGAUAACGCUUCCAUCAGAACCUGGUUCACCAACAGAGUCCAUAACUGUCCAAGCACCUGUAAGAAGAGGGUCCAUCCCUUCCACAAAAGUGUCAGGAAUACGGACAACACCAUCAGAGCAGAAAGCACCCAUUGAAGUAUUCUCAGCACAGGCUACAGUAAGGAGAGCCUCGGUCCCUACUGUAAGGCAUCCACCUCCAAUAUCUGUAGCUUCAGCUGUCCCUGAACAAAUGACAACUUCUGAGGUAGUAGUUUCUGAAGUCCAAGCUAAAACAGACACUAUGCCAUCUGUAAUGCUGUCAUCGCUUCCUGUAGUUGAUAUCGUAACAUUGCCACCAGCCCAGGAAACUUCUGUCCAAGCACAUACUGUGCCUUUUCCAAUUAAGAAACCAUUUGUGCACCAGGAGCAAUCAAUGACUCCACCACUGUCACAACCUAAAACACUGUCUGAGGUCAUCACAGUGUCCCCAGAGCCAAAAAUUCUCAUUCAUCCAGUCCAAGCCACAAUUACAGAGAUCAUAACAGUUCCAUCAGAAAGUUUAAGUGAAGCACUGGUUCCUCAGGCUCCCAAACCAACCAUACCUGUCCAGCCAGAGCCUCUGAUUGAAGUUGUUUCUACUUCAUUGCAGCCUGGAGUAUCUUUUGACAAACCUGUAGCCCAAGAUAGACCAUCUGCAACUGUUUUUGAUGCACAAGCUGCAGCCCAAAUUGAAAUGCCACAUACAGACGAGGAUGUACCUACUGAUGUCGUUGUUGCAGAAGCAAUUUCAUUAAGAUCACUGAUACCAGGUGUUCAGCAAAUCCCUGUUGAGCAUCCACUUACAGUAUCUGAAGCAAUGACUCAUUCGAAAGAUCAAGAAUUGGCCACAGGUUUUAACUAUAGCUGGACCAUUUCUGAACCCUCACCUGUUCUACAAACUAUUCAACCUUCAGAAGUUCUGCCUGCAGUGACAGAACAUCUGCCUACUCAGAAACCACUUCUUGUAGCUGAAGGGGUUUCCCUCCCUACCAAGUCUGAUGUACUCACAGAAGUUAUUACAACUGAUGCAGCUGUUAGAAUACCAGAGAUAGCAAUGGUACAUCCAUUACCGCAUCAUCAACCUGUGGUAAGUGAAAUUACCCCUGUUGAGUUAAUGCCAUUAACUAUAGAAGAUAAGAAGAUAUCUCCUACAGCUGCUGAGGAAACACCAUCACCUCUUAUCAUGGAAGUUGAACACAUAGUUACACAUCCAAAUAUACCUCCUCAUAUAUAUAUUCCAAAGGUCUGUGAAGGAAUAACAUCCUCAGUUAUGACACAUUCAGUGCCACCACUGGCAUUGCAACCUCAAUUUGAGCCUCCUACACAAAUUAUAACUAAGGAUGCUGAUCUCAUAGCUUCUUCAAUAUCAUCAUCCAUGAUACAACCUCAGGCUGGGCCUGGAAUGCCAGUUAUGACAACUGAGGAAACCACCCAUAAGAGGAGGACAUCCAUAUCUUCCAUAGUACAGCCAACAUAUGCCACAACUGAAAGAUUUACUUGUCCUACAGAGUAUGAAAUGCCCAGACAAGUGGUUACAGCUGAAGCCUUUGCUGCCACCAGAAGAGAAUCCAUAACCAUGCAGCAACCAUACCAAUUAGCACAGGUAGUAAACCUGCCAGCUGAAAAAGAUGUUUCUAAUGAUGGUUAUGCUGUUCAGCUCCCCUACAGAAGAGAAUCUAUUCCAGAACGCCAACCACAUGCAUUGACUUAUUCAUCAGAAUAUGAUCACCCUGUGGAGCUAAUAACCACUGAGGAAUACACCGCGAGGACCUCACGGCCCACAGUGCAAGACAUUCCACAGAAUGUUUCUCCAGUCACCAUCACUAAAAUUCAGCAAGAGUCUAUUGAAAGCCAGGAGAUAAGAGGAGCAGAAAAGGUGGUCUCUAGUAUGAGCCAUAUGUAUUCAGCUUCAAUUUCCACCUCAGGCCAGCCACCUGAAAGCCUUCCUAGCCUAGUUACUCAAGUAGUUACCACUGAGGUCCAGAGGACCACUGUUUCUGUUGUCCAUGAAAGACUUCCACAGGUCCCUCCACCUAGUGUAGCAAUAACUAUACAACCAGACAUUGCUAAAGUCCAACCUGUACCCAAACAGAAUGGUAAAAUAUAUCCUGGUGAUGUUAUUGAUUUACGUACAAUGAAGGUUGGUAUAAAGAUGACUGAGCAAGGCAUGGACCUGACUCCGCCUGAAUCAAGUCGACAGUCUUUUUCAAGUGACUCUAGUGGCCGUCAAAUUACAGCAGUACAGCCGGAGAUAGUAAAUCUUAGUCCAGCAAUUACCCCAGCAACCACACUGUCUGUUGUCACUGACAGCAUCACAAUUGUCACAUGCACAGCUACUAUUGCUUCAUAUAGCAACACUCCGGCAGAGAAACCGCUUGAUUUGCAAGGUCCCGUUACAUCAUUGCCACUAUCCCUCACAACAUACAAACCAUUUGAGCCCUUAGCACAGAUCGUAUACAGACCUGUUAGCACCCAACCCAUGCUGAGUGCUGUAGCAUCCACAGCUCAAGAUAUACCAAUUAAUCUUUCCUUUGAAGCUCUUGUGUCCUCUGGAGCAAAACAGCCAUUGACCUCAGUCCCCACACUUCUCAGCAAUGGAGGGCCUGUCCUUUCUCUAGAGGCCACAGAGGCCAUGGAUCUGACAAACUACAAACCAAUGAGAGCUGUGGUAGCAUUGUCUGGUACAAGUCCAGGAGUGGUGACCACUGUUGUAGAGGAUGAUGGGACCCCAAUGGACCUUACAGCAGGAAGGCAUAGUGUUUGCUGUGAUGUAAUUUACAAGCUACCAUUCACGGGAUCAUGCAGAACACAGCCUCCAGUUACAAGCCAGCCUGAUAACCGUUUUGGCUACAGAGAUGACCACUAUCAAUAUGAUAAUGCUGGACUGUAUAGUAUCAAAGGAACUAAUGGCAUAAAAGCAUCAGUGUCUGAAACCAAUUUGACAGAGGCAGGACUGUUUUCCAUGGUUCCUAAAAGUGACUAUGACUACCUCAGUGGCUCUUCAGAUGGCGCUAUAGACCUCACUGCAGCUAAACUUUCUGCUGGUAAAGCACUAGACUACACUAGCAAAACGACUGGAGUCUACCCUUUGAUGACUACUGCUCAAUACUCCCAGAUCCCUGCAGCUGGGUUUGGUGUAAAUAGUGCUCUAAGGACAUCAGAUGGAAUAGUUUACUCCUCUGUUGCUGCCCCAGUUCCAUCCACAUAUGCAAUUACGACUCAGCCAGGUUCUGUCUUUAGCACAACCUUAACACCCACAUCAAUAGUCCACAUCCAGCCAUUACCACACCCAUAUGGCUUUAUCCCCACUACAGACCCUGGACAAAUAAUUCCUUUUGAUUCUGGGCUAUCUAAAGAUUUUCUACCUACAGCUUUGGCUGACAUCAUAACUGGCUAUCCAGAGAUGUACUCUGAUGCCACCCUGGAAGCUAUUGCUGCUUCUCUGGAUGCCCUAGCUUCUUCUCCAAUAUUCCCUGGCUUAGAUAACACCAAAAUGGCCCAGUAUCAGAUGGAGAGGGAAUUUCUAGAGCUAGAGAAGCUUAAGCAACUAUGUCUUGCAGAAGAGCUGGAAUGGGAAAGGCAAGAAAUCCAGCGAUAUCGAGAACAGGAACAGCUUAUGGUCCAAAGGGAGCUUGAGGAACUUCAGGCUCUGAAACAGCAGCUUCUCCUUCAGCAAGAAGAGGAGCAUCAUGCCCACAUGGUGGCUCAACAGGAGACCUAUGCACAGCAGAAAGAGCAGUUGCAGCAAAUUCAGCAGCUCCAACUGCAACUCCAGCGGCAGCUAGACGAGCACUAUGGUAGUACUGGUCCCACUGGAAAUCUUCUAGAUGCUAAAUAUGCAGGCGUAGGAGACAGUGGCCAGUACUGGCCAGUCAGAGAUGAGUCUACGACUCCAUCUGCUGGGACACACAUAGAGGAAAGUCAAGAUUUAGUAAAGCUUCAAGCUGAUCAGGACAUAGGGAAAAAAAUAAUUGAUAGUGGGGUGCAGACAGAUGAUGAAGACUCAGCAGAGAAACAACACGUUGGAAGGAGAAAGAAAAAUAAAAGAAACAUUGAUAGCUCAGCUCAGACUGACGAUGAAGACCAAGAUGAAUGGGAUGCUCCAACAAAAGCUCGGCGACGCUCUCGAAAGCAUAGCAGUGAUGGAAAACAUGGCUCCAAGGUCUCUAGCAUUGCUAUCCAGACAGUGGCAGAGAUAUCUGUCCAGACUGAUCACUCUGGAACUAUCAAGCGACCUAAUGUCCAGAUGGACACAAAAGUAGAAAUCAUUAAACAUAUAUCAGCUCCAGAGAACUCUCAGAGAGGUGGAAGUCUGAGCUGUCAGACAGACUCAGACAGAAGACAUGCUCCCACUGAGGUUGGCUACAGCACACACCUCUCAGCAGACAUCCCCGCUAAGUCCAAAACCUUCUAUACUACAGUUUCCCCACUGUCCCCAGAAAAGUCACUUGGAGGACAGAGAAUGUUGACUGCAGACCCAACCAGAUUUUCUUCUGGUCCUCGGAUAUUGAAGGCUGGUCAAAAAUCUCUAUCUGACCCUAAGUCCCUUAGUCCUUCCACAGAAGACAGGAUGGGUGGAUACUAUGCAGACAGCUAUUCUAGCCGAGGCUCUCCCUCUAGUACAGGUAAGAAGGUAAAGAGAACACUGCCAGAUCCCCCUCCUGAAGAUGACUCCCUCUCAGGACGGUCAGGCUACAGCACCAACUCUGCUCGACGCCGUCUAGCUCGUAGUACAACUAUGGCCCGGGCAAAGAUCCUGCAGGACAUUGACAAGGAGCUUGAUCUAGUGGAGAGAGAAUCUUCUAAACUUCGAAAGAAACAGGCUGAGUUAGAUGAAGAAGAAAAAGAGAUUGAUGCCAAGCUACGGUACUUGGAGAUGGGUAUCAACCGUCGUAAGGAGGCCUUGCUGAAAGAAAGAGAGAAGAGAGAAAGAGCCUAUCUUCAGGGUGUGGCAGAGGAGCGAGACUACAUGUCUGACAGUGAGGUCAGCAACAUCAGAGAGACCAGAGGUGAUGGUCUUGAGAGACCACGGACAGCUCCCCAGUCGGAAUUUGAGCAAUUCAUCCCCCCACAGACAGAAGCUGAUUCCCAGUACAACACACUGACUAGUCCCUACUCUCACUAUGGCCAGUAUGUUCCCCAGACCCAAACCACUAGCCACUACACCCAACAGAACCUGUAUCAGCAACAAUCACUUUACCACCAACAGGUGUCUCCUUACCCAACCAUGUCCCUCUCCCAUGCCCAGACUCAGCCAGGCAGCUACCAACAUGCUCUGCUCUUGCAGCAGGGGAAGCAGCGACAAACAAACCUGUCUGAUUUAGAGCCCAAAAUCACCACUAACUAUGAGGUGAUACGCAACCAGCCACUGCUCAUUGUGCCAACUUCCACAGAAAGUGGAUAUGGAGUGGCUCACCUAGGGGGCAAGUAUGGAAGCUUGGACUUGAGGUUAGGACUUGAGGAGAGGAGCAUGGCCUCUAGUCCCAUGUCUAGCAUUUCUGCUGAUUCUUUCUAUGCUGAUAUUGACCACCAUAAUGCCAGGAAUUAUGUGCUGAUAGAAGACAUAGGGGAGCUCACCAAGGCGUCAACAGGGCUGAGCAAUACUGGCUUGGGUUCUGGAUUCAACUUGCCUGAUAAGGAGAUGUCCAAGGCAGACAGACUCAGGCGCACAGCAGAGGUGGCAGAAUUUUUAGGCUCAUCUCGGCUUCAGAGUUAUGGCAAAGGAGAAGAUGAUACUAUGGAAGAACCUUAUGAGCUGAAGCUACUGAAGCAGCAGAUCAAGCAAGAAUUCCGACGAGGAACUGAGGGACUCGAACACUUGACUGGUCUGGGCUUACCACAAUAUCUCCCCAGUGACAGCAAUUUUCGCCAUUUCCCUAAAGGAGAGAAAUAUAGCAUUGGCAGGCUCACCCUUGAAAAACAGGCUGCAAAACAACUCCCAGCGGCUAUGCUUUACCAGAAACAGAUGAAGAACAAAAAGGCCCUUAUAGACCCUAAGGCCAUCACAAAAUUUUCCCCAAUUCAGGAGAGUAGGGACCUUGAGCCUGAAUAUGGUAGCUACAUGGGAUCUGGAGCGUCCUCUGUGUCCAGUCUGGCUGCUAGAGCUAGGCUACUUCAGGAUGAGAUUACAUUUGGGCUAAGAAAAAACUUGUCUGAGCAACAAAAAUAUUUAGGCUCUUCCUUAGGGGCCAACCUGUCUGGUUCUCUUAAUCUUGGUCAGUCUCUUGGACUUGGCUCUACUAUCAGGGCAACUGCCCAUGAUGAUGGCACCUACCCAAGUGGUACCCGUUCUCGCCCCUCCUCCCGACCCUCUUCAGUCUAUGGUUUGGAUCUAUCUAUUAAACGGGAUCUGUCCAGUUCUUCAUUAAGACUUAAAUCAGAGGGAGAGGUUCUAGAUGCAGCGUUUGCCCCUGGGGUAGCCAGAGCAAAACCCACUAGUUUACCUAUAAGCCAAAGCCGUGGACGCAUCCCCAUUGUUGCUCAGAACUCAGAGGAGGAAAGUCCUCUGAGUCCAGUGGGGCAACCAAUGGGUAUGGCUAGAGCUUCAGCUGGUCCUCUCCCUCCCAUUUCUGCUGACUCCAGGGACCAAUUUGGGUCAAGCCAUUCCCUCCCAGAGGUACAGCAACAUAUGAGAGAGGAAUCUCGGACUCGUGGCUAUGAUCGAGACAUCGCAUUCAUCAUGGAUGACUUGCAAGGUGCCAUGUCUGACAGUGAAGCACAAAGUGAGUCCAUGUUGGCUUUGAACAGAGAUGAUGCCAGAAUCUUUCAUGAAAGUAUCAGACACGCUGGAGGCCCAAACUGGAAUAUAGAAGCCUACCACCUGAGAAGAGAGGACACAGAUUGGUUUGAUAAGCCAAGAGAAGGGCAUCCUCAGAGCGGGAGUGUGUCAGACAGGAGACAGAUGAAACUCGUGCCUUAUGCCUUCCCUCACACUCGCAUCAAGCUUAAGAGAGACAUGAAGGACUCCAGUGUGUCAGGUAAUGGACUUGGCAUCCGUGUGGUAGGUGGUAAGGAGAUUCCAGGGAGUCGUGGAGAGAUCGGAGCGUACAUUGCCAAGGUCAUCCCUGGUGGGGUGGCAGAACAAACGGGGAAAGUUGUGGAGGGAAUGCAGGUGUUGGAGUGGAAUGGAGUCCCUCUAACGGGAAAGACUUAUGAGGAAGUGCAGUCUAUUAUGGGCCAGACAUGUGCAGAGGCGGAGCUUUGUGUGAGACUCGACCUAAACAUGCUGUCUGACCCUGAGCACCCACAAGCCCUGGAGCACCAUGUCCAGCUUAAGGCUGGUGGACAGCGUUCCCCCGGUGUGGAUCCUAAGCAGUUAGCUGCAGAAUUGCAGAAGGUGUCCCAGCAGCAGGCACCUGGUAUAGCUGGAGUAGGAGCUGGGGGAUUGGGGGUCCUGUCUGCACUAGAGCGCUCUGCCCUCCUCCACUCUGGUACUGGAUCGGCUGCCUCCAGUGGGGUGCCAAGCCCUGGCCAGCCUGCAUCCCCUGCAAUAAGCAAGAAGCAGCGACACAAGCAAACAGAGAUGAUGAAGAUGCCUCAUCCCAUCACAGGAGAAAUUCAGCUCCAGAUCAACUAUGACAGAAAUCUAGGAAAUCUUAUUGUCCACGUCCUGCAAGCUAGAAACCUGGCCCCAAGGGAUAAUGAUGGCUACUCUGACCCUUUUGUGAAGGUCUACCUUUUACCUGGGAGAGGCCAAGUCAUGGUUGUCCAGAAUGCAAGUGCUGAUAACAAGAGAAGGACCAAGUAUGCCCAGAAGACCAUGAACCCAGAAUGGAAUCAGACUGUCAUCUACAAGAACAUUCAUCUAGAGCAGCUGAAGAAAAAAACGCUGGAGGUGACAGUGUGGGACUAUGACAGGUCCUCCUCCAAUGACUUCCUUGGAGAAGUACUGAUUGACUUGUCAAAUACCACCCAGCUGGACAACACUCCUCGCUGGCUGCCUUUGAAAGAGCAGAGUGAAAGCAUUGAACACAGCAGAGCCCACCAUGCUGCCCAAGGUCCGUCAGGGUCUGGGUCAAGUCAGGGACAUGGCCAGGGCCAGGGCCACAUUUCAGGUUCUGGACAGGGGUAUGGAAUGGGUCAGAGUCUAGCACCAGGGCAGGGAGAUGGGAGUCAUGAUUCACCUAAAAACUCUGUAAUCAAGAGCAGAAGCCAUGGAAUCUUUCCCGAUCCAGCUAAAGACAUGCAAAUGAUGCCUUUGGAAAAGUCACACAGUAGCCCAGGCAGUUCUAAGUCUUCCUCCGACGGCCAACUACGUUCCCAUGGCCCUUCCCGAAGCCAAAGCAAGAGCAGUGUCACUCAGGCCCACCUUGAGGAUGCUGGAAUAGCAAUUGCUGCUGCUGAAGCUGCCGUGCAACAAUCCUGCCUGCAACCAAGACCAGGACACCGGCUGAGUGAUGUUUCAGGGUCAGUGGUACUAUCUGCCCCGAGCCUGGUUGGAGACGCUUAUGGAGGUCUGGAUAGUGAAGAUGGAGCAGGCACAGGAGUGGACAGUGCCAUUUUUCAAGUGCCACGGAUCGGUAAGACUAUUCCUAAUGGCACAGACAAAAACCAACUUGAGACUGCAGAAAAUGAAGCUGGUAAAACACAAGUAAUGGGGGAGAUCAAGGUUGCUCUCAAGAAGGAGGUGAAAACAGAAGGGGACCAACUGGUCUUGGAGAUCCUUCAGUGCAGAAACAUCACUUACAAGUUCAAAAGCCCAGACCACCUGCCAGAUCUGUAUGUGAAGUUGUAUGUGGUGAAUGUGGCCACCCAGAAGAGGAUCAUUAAGAAGAAGACGAGAAUUUGUCGACAUGAUAGAGAGCCUUCUUUCAAUGAGACCUUCAGAUUCCCCCUAAACCCAACUGGACACUCCAUACAGCUUUUCUUGGUGUCUAAUGGAGGGAAGUUCAUGAAGAAAACCUUGAUAGGUGAAGCCUACAUCUGGCUUGACAAGGUGGACAUGAGGAAGAGAGUGGUCAGCUGGCACAAGCUGUUCGUCAGUUCCACUCAGACCAACCCCUGAACACCACACCAAAAAGAUCCAGAUGCAGCAGAUCAGCCAACACUAAAUGCAAAGUGCAUAGUUCAGAGAUGUGACAAAAAAAAUGAAUAAGAGAAUGAGAAUAAGAGCAAAGAAAAAAGAUUCCUUUAAUUUGUUGCUUCGGUUUAUAAAUCAUAAAAUAAAGGUUUAUUAUGUGCUACUAACAUUGCAAUUAUAUCAGUCCAACACUGCCAGCACAUUUCCACCUCUUCCCAUUUCAAGUCUCUGCUGGUUUUGGAUUUAACAUGCAAACAUAAAAAGCUGGCACUGAUAGACACUCAGCAGCAAUAUGGCUUUGAGGGCAGUGACGUCUUUCUUACCACAGUUCUAUUUCCAUAAUCCACAUGAGACGCCGAGAUGUGAUUCUGCACUACUGAACAAACAUAUCUAACAAAGGGAAAGAUGAAAAACAGAAUCAUGGAAUUCAUUUUAUUUCCUUCAUAUGAGAGACGUGGUUGUGCUACGAUCGUGAUGUGUGUGGAUUUAAGUGGUCUUGGAAUAUUAACUGAUGAAGAAAUGCAUACAUUUUUUGUACAAUAUUCUUUCAGUUUCAUUGAAAAAGGAAAAAAAAAAAACAAUAAAGAGCUUAUGUAGGUCUGAGUCAGACAGUUGACCUUUGCUGUGGGAUGAGGAUUAAAUGUACAGCACUUCUGAUUGUAGAUAUCCCACAUGCAAAUAUAAGAGCAUAUCAGAGAAUCACAUUGUACAGUGUGACGUUUAUAUAGUAUACACAGAUAUCAGAUGCAGAAUAUAUCUAAAUAUAAUAUACAGUAUAAGAGUUGUUCUCUUGUCACUAGAUUAUAUAUACAAAUAUAUAUAAUAUGGUACAGAUACACAGACUUGUUAGAUUGAGGCUGUGAGUGGCGCACUGACAAUCCAGUAAUCUAUGGUGUAGGCAGUCACAAUAACUAUUAUGUGAAUGUGGACCUAUGUGAGCUCAAGGAUGUUAAUAAUCAUGGUCAGUAGCUCCCUUGGUUCUCUGAUCACACUAAUGCACCACUAUAUCGAACAGGGCUGUGACAGAAUAAAAAUAAAAUCCAAGGUCAAUGACAACCUCUAGUGGCUGAUUACUAUUUUACUAGCAUGAUAUUGUUAGGAAAGAUUAGAAUUAAAAUUUAAAUUAACAAUGAACAGCAUCUGCUGUGUUGAAUGUUACAACUGUGGAAGGUGAGUUUCACACAUCCGUCUCAAGUGUACAACAUUUUGCUUUAAGAUUGUUAUAGUGGCUCAGAUUUUGCUAAUAUUUCCUUCUGUGUAGUCCAUCGUCAGACAUGUAAUUCAUACAAUAUGUGUCAAAAUCCUCUGUAGAUCUGCAACUGUCAUUACUUCAUUAUGACAGCCCUGCUGUCUCUGUGUUAGUAAGUCCCUCUGGUCUGAGUUUUCCCUGAAAAUUAUUUCAAAAGGAAGAAAAAAAAAAUGCUUUACCAUUCAAACGUCAAGGUUCUUUUGUGUGUCUGGCUGUACUGUAAAACACUUAACUAUUUUGUGUCAGUGACUCCCAUUACAACACAUUGAACCAGCCUCUUUCACUGCCUGCAACCAAAACACUCAGGCCCACUGGCGUACAGUGAUGUAUAGGAUCAAAUGAAAGCAUGGGGCCUAGUCUCAGUACUAAGGUGUGAGUAGGUAACCCAUGUAUUUCUCUGUAUUCGUCUUACAAUGUUUUGUCACCUUUACCUGUACAGAAUGAAAAAUUGACCCUCAGAACUACUGUUAGUGUGUUUAGGCACAUCACAAAGCCAAUGCAACUAUUUAUAAUAUAUCACUGGAGACUACAAACAUAGAGCAAGAUGUCACUUAUCGUCUAUAAUAAUUACAAAGUAAAACAAACAAGCAAACAAAAAAGAGAGUAUAGUGAGGAAGAAAACAAGGUUAAUUUUUCAAUGCUGACAAUUAUUUUGUUGUGCCAACCGUGAUUUAUGUUUAAAUUCUUAACAGUUAUAUUUCUUUUUUACAUUCCAGAUCCAUUGUUUCAUUUGAAGUAAUUCUAUGCAACAUAUACGUUUGAAUGCAUUUGUGUUUUUGGAAUUAAAAUGUUUUAACUGUGAACAUAUGUUCUCAAAAUAACUGUAAGAAAAUAACUUUAAUUUGUACAUCGAUGAAAGAAAAUAUGAAAUACUCUGAUUUUUUUACUGAUUUUAAUAUAUAUUGACGUUAACGGCUGUUAACAUCUACAUGGAUCUUGUGCACUUUAUUAUUGCGUUGUCUCAUUUGUUCCAUCAUGACAUGCGGGAUUACGUGUUUUGUGUUUAUGCACUGAAAUGAACUGAGUCAUGGUGUAUGUGAUGGCAGGAAAUAUUGUGGUGUGCAUUUUGUAUCUAUGUGGAAAAAGAAAAAACAUGCAGACACACUGGGGUUCCUAAACGUAAUGCACAAUGUGGGGGGGGGAUGAAUAUCACUCUAAACUGCAUCAUGCUCUCAGUGUACUUAAAAAAGUUUGUGUACACAGUACAGUAAAUUAGACAUAUUAUCUCAAUGCUCAGCCUUGACUGUUCAACCCCUGUGUUUCAUUAGACUUCACCCAAGCUAAAUACUGUUUGUUUAGAUCAGCUGUUGCCUGUAAUCGUGAAUCCAUUCAUUUGUUGUUGUUCUGAGGGGUGUGAAUGUGACUCAAGUUGUUUGACAUGUGUACAUAAAGUGUUUAUUUUCUACAAAGAUUGAAUGUUUAUAUUGUCCAAAGUCUGAGCAUGUGAGUGUUGAAAAAAAAAUCACAAAAGACAUAUAAUUGUACAGCAGUUCAUGUCUAUAGCUGUAAAAGGGGAGUUGACUGUGUAAUCAAAACCUGUGCUGUCAACCAAUGACUAUGUGUGCAACUACGUCCCGUAAACUGCUGAAACAACACAAAGGGGGAAAAAAAAAUCUACUCAACUUCAAUAGUUGUCUAAAACUUUAUGUUUUGGAUGUUGCAUGUUUUGUUGAUGGUUUGUCGGUAUAUUUUGCCUAAAGAUUACGUUUAAAAAGAGAGAGAAUAUGUAUAGAUUUAUCUGUAUGCUGAGUGUAAAGAAAUAUGCUUGUAAAAUUGUCUUGUUUUUCACUCAGUGUAAAAACAAAACAUAUACUGUUAUGGUUUUGUGGUUGUACACAGGAUGUGUUGAGAUAUGCAAAUCGUGCUGUAAAAAAAAUCAGCGUUUCCCCUGAGUCUAAAAGAAUAAAUAUUAAGAAGAGUUAUAUUGCA